UAAUGUAUUGGCUGUUUUACAGCCAUGUAUAUAGUCAGGUUUAUUUAAACUUUAGUGAAAAAAUGAAAAACACAAUGGAUAUUGGCGUCAAUGUGAUAUUGUUUGCGUUUGUUGCAUCGUGUUUUCAAGGAACCGACUCAAGUGUGACAGUCUAUCCACUUGUCAUUACUGUUCUUGAGGGUAACAAUGCUACAGUUCGGUGUAUAUAUAACGGAGAAAACAGCAUGCAGGGAGUCUCAUUCAGUCUAAAUCAGUCCGGAAUCGCAACUAUAUUUUUACCUAAUUGUACAUUCAAUGCUCUAGGUUUUGUCAAUUACAUUACUGCUUGCGAAGGAAACAAAACUUUAGUGGUGACCUUAGUUAAUGUCUCAAGGCAUGAUCAUGGAAAAACACUGACAUGUAUAGCUUUCCUUCACAAUGCUUCCCCGAUACAGUCGUCAAGUGCAACAUUAUUGAAUGUAAAUGUACCGAUUAAAAACAUAGCCAUCACUUCUAACAACGCAGUAGACGACGUAGUUUCUGUGUGUGAAAAACAAUCCCUCAUAUUUCAUUGUAAAACAUCAGCGGCACGUCCAGCUCCAGACAUAAAAUGGGUUUAUGGGAACAAAUUUUCUGCUGAAGAAGAAAUCAGUUCAGUUAGCAGCAUCAUAUUUGAAAAGGAUGGACAUGAUUUCAGCAUCGCGUCUAGUACACUUAAUGUUACUGCAAACAGGUCUUUUAACAGUUGGAAUAUCUUCUGCAUCGCAAGCAACAUUCCGAACCACAAAAUGAAUUCUAGCAGUUUGUCUUUUAACAUUUUAUACCCUCCAGAUCAACCGCCUUCUAUACUCAAUUCGAACAUGACAAACGUAGUUACAUACAAUGUCAUAGAAGGAAGACACGAAGUAGUAACAUGUGUAGUACCAGGAUCAAACCCUGUUGCCAAUUUAAUUUGGACAGGUUUAAAUAACAGGCAAGCAGUUGAAAACAGUAUUGUCACCAACACAUUAGAAUGGGUGGUUUCAAGACAAGACGCGAAUAUAUUUACCUGCAUAGCAAAACACCCCUGUAAUGAUUAUGAGAUGUCAAUAUCUGUUAUGAUAAAGGUUCUUUUCCCACCUACAGUCCAAAAUAUGGCGGAUAUUAACAUCAUUGAAGGCUCAAUGUUGAACAUAACAUGUAACGUCACAUUGGGUUUACCAGAAAUGGCGGCAUUCAAGUGGACACGACAAAUAGACAGUUUCGUAAUGAAUUCACAAUCACUGAUAAUAAAGAAUAUUAGUCGUGAUUCUUCAUCGACUUAUACUUGUGCUGUAGCAAAUGUAAUGAAGCCUACUAUUGGACCUGAUGAGAGAGGAGAAAGUAGCGGUUCAUUAGAAAUAGAGGUUUUAUAUCCACCCACAAUCAAUUCAAUAGACAAUUUUACAAUACUUGAGGGAUCAUAUUUUAGCUUAGCUUGUCCAUUUCAUCCAGGAAAUCCAAACGACACAGAAAUCACUUGGUCAGCAAAUGGCAAAAUAAUACAUAGUGUUACUAAGAUAUUGUCAAUCAGCAAUACCUCGAGAGAGCAUGAUAUGAUAUAUACGUGUACUGUUUCUAACAUAAUGAAACCGACAGCUAAAAACAGAGUGAAGGGAACAAAUAGUGAGAGUUUUCAUCUUAUUGUUGAAUAUCACGCAAAUGUUGAGGAAUUCUACAUCACGGGACAUUAUCACAAUAGUAUCGUGACCAUAAAUGAGCAUGAAAAUGUCACAUUCCUUUGUCACGUUUCCAGUAAUCCCAUCUCAGUAACUGGCAUAAAGCUUCAAAGUGGACAAGUACUGGUGUCGGCUAUAUCGAAUGAUGUUUCCUAUGUUCUUGGUCCUGCAAAAUGUCUAGAUGCUGGCAUGUAUGAGUGUUCCGGGAAGAAUAGGCACAACAAAAUACACGCAACAAGACGGCACAUAGGUCUGCUUGUAAAAUGUUCUCCUCGGGUCAACCCAUUAGUUCCAUUCAAUACUAACAUCACAACCAGAUUGAAUGCUCCUUCUGUCACGACGUUUACAGCUUUAUCCUACCCGUUACCGUAUAUGGUUCUUUGGCAGAAAUUCAAAGGCUAUGGUUGGACAAACAUUACGCCAAGCAAGGAUGUAUCAAUUCUCCAGGUUGGACUGAAUUUCAGUCUGACUAUUAAUAAUGUAGUGGAGGAAGACUUAGGACAGUAUCGACUAGUUAUUGCCAAUGACAUCGGACAGUUUGAGCAACAGUUCACAAUUCUUGCCAUAGUUGAACACCAUCAAGACAAGGAAGGUAGCGGAAAUGAAUCUCUGAUUGGUGGUGUAAUUGGCUCAAUUAUCGCAGCAAUAGCUGUAACUUCGGCAAUCUGCAUAUCAAUAUAUAUUUUACGAAGACGAGUGAUGAGACGACGGAAAAUGGAGGAUAAUGCUACCUAUCAAAAUGACUUAGAUGCCGAUCCGCAAAGAAGCAAUAACAUCACCGAAUACGAAGAGAUUAGUAUGCAUCAAUACACAAUAAGGAAGCCAUUUGGAGAGCGCAUCACAGACACAGACAGUACUUCAAAUGCGGAAAAACAAUAUGAAAUAUUAGACCAAAACAGAAAAGAAAGAAACGAUUACAGUCAACUAUCCCGGGUCUGUGUGGAACUUGGUGAAAGCAAUAGUCCGUGCUCGCUUCCAAGAGAAUUAAAAAGUGACAAAGAUGUCCCCGUUUAUACAAAUAUGAAAAUUUAAGUAGACAUUUUAAAUCAAUGGUAAAUUACGCGUGUCAUUAUAAAAUUGCAAACAGCUCUUAUAUUUUGCUGAGAUAUUGAUGAGAUAUUUUCUUUUUAAUGUGUUUUAUUAUUAUUAUUAUUAUUAUUAUUAUUAUUAUUAUUAUUAACUUC